AAAAACUCCUGCAAACGUAUUCACGAUGGGUGAUGCUUUAAUGGCAGAGUUCGGGAAGGCGGCUCCAUUCCUGAGGAAAUCUGACAAAGAGCGGCUGGAAGCUCAAACCAGAGCCUUCGAUAUCAAAACCGAAUGUUUUGUGGUGGAUGAAAAGGUGGAGUACGUGAAGGGGCAAAUCCUGAGUAAGGACGGAGGGAAGGUGACUGUAAAAACUGAAGACGGAAGAACGGUGACGGUCAAAGAUGGAGAAGUGCAUCCUCAAAACCCGCCUAAAUUCGAUAAAAUCGAAGACAUGGCGAUGCUAACGUUUCUUCAUGAACCUGCGGUGCUGUUCAAUCUAAAGGAGAGAUACGCCGCAUGGAUGAUCUACACCUAUUCUGGGCUGUUUUGUGUCACCGUGAAUCCUUAUAAGUGGUUACCGGUGUACGAUGCAGAUGUUGUCGCUGCUUACCGUGGUAAGAAGAGGACAGAAGCACCUCCUCACAUCUUCUCCAUCUCAGAUAAUGCUUAUCAAUACAUGCUGACCGAUCGGGAGAAUCAGUCUGUGCUUAUCACUGGAGAAUCCGGCGCUGGGAAGACUGUAAACACUAAGAGGGUCAUCCAGUAUUUUGCUAGCAUUGCCGCCGCUGGGGGAUCCACUGGAAAAAAGGACUCGAGCAAGGGAACUUUGGAGGAUCAGAUUAUUCAAGCUAACCCUGCGCUGGAGGCUUUCGGCAAUGCGAAAACGCUGCGAAACGACAACUCGUCUCGCUUUGGGAAAUUCAUCCGCAUUCAUUUCGGGACGAGUGGAAAACUGUCAUCGGCUGAUAUCGAAACGUACCUGUUGGAGAAGUCAAGAGUGACCUUCCAGCUGAAGUCUGAGAGAAACUACCAUAUCUUCUUCCAGAUAUUAUCCAACGAGAAGCCAGAGCUUCUGGACAUGCUAUUGAUCACCAAUAAUCCAUACGACUACUCGUACAUCUCACAAGGAGAAGUGACCGUCUCAUCUAUCAAUGAUAAUGAGGAGCUGAUAGCGACUGACAAGGCUUUUGAUGUGCUUGGCUUCACGUCUGAGGAGAAGAUGGGAGUCUAUAAGCUGACCGGCGCUAUCAUGCAUUACGGAAACAUGAAAUUCAAGCAGAAACAGCGUGAGGAGCAGGCCGAGCCCGACGGCACUGAAGACGCAGAUAAAGCAGCUUAUCUGAUGGGGCUGAACUCCGCCGACCUGCUCAAAGGACUCUGCCAUCCAAGGGUCAAGGUAGGCAAUGAAUAUGUUACAAAAGGACAAAGUGUGGACCAAGUGUAUUACUCAAUCGGCGCACUGGCCAAGUCAGUGUAUGAGAAAAUGUUCAACUGGAUGGUGGUGAGAAUUAACCAUUCCCUUGACACCAAGCAACAUCGUCAGUAUUUCAUCGGUGUGCUUGACAUCGCUGGCUUUGAGAUCUUUGAUUUCAACACCUUUGAACAACUCUGCAUUAAUUUCACAAACGAGAAGCUGCAACAGUUCUUCAAUCACCACAUGUUUGUUCUGGAGCAAGAGGAAUACAAAAAAGAGGGAAUUGACUGGGAGUUCAUUGACUUUGGGAUGGAUCUGCAAUCCUGCAUUGAUCUGAUUGAGAAACCCCUAGGGAUCAUGUCCAUUCUGGAAGAAGAGUGCAUGUUUCCAAAGGCCAGCGAUCAAACAUUUAAAGCAAAGCUUUAUGACAACCACCUAGGGAAAACCAAUAUUUUCCAGAAGCCACGAGCUGUGAAGGGAAAGGCAGAAGCACACUUUGCUUUAUCCCACUAUGCAGGUACUGUUGACUAUAAUAUAGCAGGUUGGCUGGUGAAGAACAAAGACCCGCUGAAUGAAACAGUUGUCGGGCUUUAUCAGAAGUCUUCGUUGAAGCUGUUGAGUCUUUUAUUCUCCAGUUAUGCAGGAUCAGAAGGCGGGGAAAAAUCAGGUGGGAAAGGGGCCAAGAAAAAGGGGUCAUCUUUUCAGACAGUGUCUGCCCUGCAUAGAGAAAACCUUAACAAACUAAUGACCAAUCUGAAAACCACACACCCACACUUUGUCCGCUGUUUGAUUCCAAAUGAAAGCAAGAUUCCAGGAAUCAUGGACAACUGUUUGGUCAUGCACCAGCUUCGCUGCAAUGGUGUACUUGAGGGAAUCAGGAUUUGCAGGAAAGGGUUUCCUAACAGGAUCCUUUAUGGAGAUUUCAAACAAAGAUACAGAAUCCUGAACGCUUCAGCCAUCCCAGAAGGACAGUUCAUAGAGAACAAGAAGAGCGCAGAGAAGCUGUUGGGGUCUCUAGAUAUUGACCACACGCAAUACAAAUUUGGCCACACAAAGGUCUUUUUUAAAGCAGGUCUGCUUGGUACAUUAGAGGAGAUGCGAGACGACCAACUUGCUCGUAUCCUCACUGGAAUCCAAGCACUUGCUCGUGGACUUCUGAUGAGAGUCGAGUAUCAGAAGCUGGUGGAGCGUAGAGAUGCGCUGAUGGUGGUGCAGUGGAACCUGCGCUCUUUCCUCGGUGUGAAAAACUGGCCGUGGAUGAAACUCUUCUUCAAGAUAAAACCCUUGCUGAAGAGCGCCGAGUCCGAAAAGGAGAUGGCAAACAUGAAAGAUGAAUUCAAUAAGUUAAAGGAAGCCUUGGACAAAUCUGACGCCAGAAGAAAAGAGUUGGAAGAAAAAAUGGUUUCUUUGCUUCAAGAGAAGAAUGAUUUGCUGCUUCAGGUGCAAUCGGAGCAGGACACGCUAACGGAUGCAGAAGAACGGUGUGAGCAGCUCAUAAAAAGCAAGAUCCAGCUAGAAGCUAAAGUUAAAGAGCUGUCGGAACGGAUUGAGGAUGAGGAAGAAAUAAAUGCAGAUCUCACAGCCAAGAGACGUAAGCUAGAAGACGAAUGUUCUGAGCUCAAGAAAGACAUUGAUGACCUGGAACUUACACUGGCUAAGGUAGAAAAGGAAAAACACGCUACUGAGAACAAAGUGAAGAAUAUAACUGAAGAAAUGGCAUCUCUUGAUGAAAACAUAAUGAAACUCACCAAGGAGAAAAAAGCACUGCAGGAGGCUCACCAGCAGACACUGGAUGACCUUCAAAGUGAGGAGGAUAAAGUAAAUACACUAACAAAAGCCAAAGUUAAGCUUGAACAACAGGUGGAUGAUCUUGAGGGCUCGCUGGAGCAAGAGAAAAAAGUCCGGAUGGACUUGGAGCGCAGCAAGAGGAAACUGGAAGGAGAUGUCAAACUGACUCAAGAAAAUGUAAUGGAUUUGGAAAACGACAAACAGCAACUAGAGGAAAAGCUUAAGAAGAAAGACUUUGAGAUCAAUCAGCUGAAUCAAAGAAUCGAAGAUGAGCAAAUGGCCUCGGUGCAGUUGCAGAAGAAAUUAAAAGAAAACCAAGCUCGGAUUGAAGAGUUAGAAGAGGAGCUGGAUGCAGAGCGAGCCGCUCGUGCAAAAGUGGAGAAGCAACGAUCUGACAUUUCCAGAGAACUGGAGGACAUCAGCGAGCGCCUAGAGGAGGCAGGGGGAGCCACGUCUGCUCAGGUGGAGCUCAAUAAAAAAAGAGAUGCAGAGUUUCAGAAGAUACGCCGGGAUCUUGAGGAAUCCACCCUUCAGCAUGAAGCCACCACUGCCUCUCUACGCAAGAAGCAUGCAGACAGUGUUGCUGAACUGGGAGAACAGAUUGACAACUUGCAAAGAGUCAAACAAAAGCUAGAGAAGGAAAAAGUUGAGUUAAAGUUGGAAUUGGACGACCUUUCCUCAAACAUGGAGAGUAUUGUAAAAGCCAAGGUCAAUCUAGAAAAGAUGUGCCGAUCACUUGAAGAUCAGAUGAAUGAGCACAGGUCGAAAGCUGAUGAAGCCCAAAGAGCUCUUAAUGACGUGUCAACACAGAAAGCAAAGCUUCUGACUGAAAAUGGUGAACUUGGACGUCAACUGGAGGAGAAAGAAUGUUUGAUUUCCCAACUUACCCGAGGAAAGACUUCCUACACGCAGCAACUUGAAGACCUGAGAAGGCAACUUGAGGAAGAAGUAAAAGCAAAGAACGCUCUGGCUCAUGCUGUACAGUCAGCACGCCAUGACUGUGAUUUACUCAGAGAGCAAUUUGAAGAGGAACAAGAAGCAAAAGCCGAGCUCCAGCGAGCAUUAUCAAAGGCUAAUACAGAGGUGGCAACAUGGAGGGCGAGAUAUGAGACUGAUGGCAUUCAGAGAACCGAGGAACUGGAGGACGCUAAGAAGAAACUUGUUCAGAAAUUGCAAGAAGCAGAAGAAGCCGUGGAGGCAGUGAACGCAAAGUGUUCUUCACUCGAGAAAACCAAACAUCGCCUUCAAAAUGAGAUUGAAGAUUUGAUGCUGGAUCUUGAGAGGUCAAAUGCUGCGUCCGCAGCUCUGGAUAAGAAACAAAGAUCUUUCGAUAAAGUCAUGGCGGAGUGGAAACAGAAAUAUGAAGAGUCACAGUGUGAGCUUGAAGGAGCGCAGAAAGAGGCUCGCAGUUUAAGUACUGAACUCUUCAAGCUGAAGAACUCCUAUGAAGAAACGCUUGAUCACCUCGAGACCAUUAAAAGAGAAAACAAGAAUCUACAGGAGGAGAUCUCUGACUUGACGGAUCAAGUGGGCGAAGGGCGAAAGAGUGUCCAUGAGUUGGAAAAACUGAGGAAACAGUUGGAACAGGAGAAAACGGAGUUGCAGUCGGCGCUAGAAGAAGCUGAUGCUUCGGUUGAGCAUGAAGAAGGUAAAAUCCUACGCGCGCAGCUGGAGUUUAACCAACUCAAGGCAGAUUUUGAGCGCAAGACGUCUGAGAAGGAUGAAGAAAUGGAGCAAGCGAGAAGAAACUAUCAGCGUAUGAUUGAAUCCUUGCAAGCCUCUCUUGAGGCAGAGACGAGAAGCCGUAAUGAGGCCUUACGAGUAAAAAAGAAAAUGGAGGGAGAUCUUAACGAAAUGGAGAUUCAGUUAAGCCAAGCCAACAGACAGGCAGCUGAUGCCCAAAAGCAGCUCAAGAUGAUCCAAUCAUGCUUGAAAGAAACCCAACUCCAGAUGGACGACACUCUUCACAGUAAUGAUGACCUCAAAGAAAACAUAACUCUACUGGAGCGUCGAAACAAUCUCAUGCAAACCGAAUUAGAAGAACUCAGAGGCAUUCUGGAGCAAACCGAAAGAGUUCGCAAACUUGCCGAGCAAGAACUCACCGAUGCCACCGAACGGAUGCAACUCCUGCACUCUCAGAACACAAGCCUCAUCAAUCAAAAGAAGAAGCAAGAAUCGGAUCUUCUCCAGCUGCAAAAUGAACUGGAGGAGCUCGUGCAAGAGAACCGCAAUGCUGAAGAGAAGGCAAAGAAGGCGGUCACUGAUGCAGCAAUGAUGGCCGAAGAGUUGAAGAAGGAGCAAGACACGAGCGCACAUCUUGAAAGGAUGAAGAAGAAUAUGGAACAGACGAUUAAGGAUCUGCAACACCGUCUAGAUGAAGCCGAGCAGGUAGCGAUGAAAGGAGGGAAAAAGCAGCUACAAAAAAUGGAAGCGCGCAUCCGUGAGCUUGAGAAUGAGCUGGACGCUGAGCAAAAGAGAGGAUCAGAGUCUAUUAAAGGGGUGAGGAAAUUCGAGCGGCGCAUAAAAGAGCUGACCUAUCAGACGGACGAGGAUCGCAAGAAUUUGGCUAGACUGCAAGAUUUGGUGGACAAGUUGCAGCUGAAGGUGAAAUCCUACAAACGUUCGGCUGAAGAAGCUGAAGAGGUGGCCAAUGCAAACACAGCCAAAUUACGAAAACUCCAACAUGAGCUGGAAGAAGCAGAAGAGCGGGCGGACAUUGCAGAAUCACAAGUUAAUAAGCUGCGUGCCAAAACUAGAGAUGGCGCACCUGGAAAGAAAUCUCAAGAUGAGUAGCAUUGAUAGUGCAAUCGCACCUGGAUUUGUUUGUUCACUGGUUUUAAAGGGGUAGUUCACUUAAGAAAAUUUCAAUUUCCUGGUAAUUUACUAAUUUCAAUUUACUUUGUAGUCAUCCAAGAUGUAGAAGAAGAGAACAUUUAAGUAGAUUCUGAGCUGAAUCCGUGAUCCUUGGGGAUUCAUAUGUAUUUUUUUUAUGUAAUACAUUACUUGUUACUUAGAAAAGUAAUAUUAUUAUGUAACUUACCCCCAUCACUACCGACAUCUGUUUGAUCAGGCUGUGAAUGAAAGCUAAUAAUAUUGUAAAUAGGGGCGUCAAGGUGGCAUAGUGGGUAGCACAAUCGGCUCACAGCAAGAAAGUCGCUGCUUCAAGCCUCGGCUGGGUCAGUUGGCAUUUCUGUGUGGAGUUUGCAUGUUCUCACCGUGUUGGCAUGGGUUUCCUCUGGAUGCUCCGGUUUCCCCCACAAGUCCAAACACAUGGGCUAUUGGGGAAUUGGGAAAGAUAAAAAAUUAGUAGUGUAUGAGUGUGAAUGUAAGGGUGUUUCCUGGUGUUGGGUUGCAGCUGGAAGUUUAUCCACUGCAUAAAACAUAUGCUGGAUAAGUUAGCGGUUCAUUCCACUGUGGCUACCCCUGAUUAAUGGAGGGACUAGGCCGAAAAGAAAAUGAAUAUUGUAAAUAAGUCAAAUUCUCACACAUACCAGUAGUUUCUCUUCACAAGACCUCAGUGUAUUAUUAGGAGCCGUGAUUACUGAUUUGGACUCGUUUGUUUGUAUUUAUAUUUAAUAUAACAACAUGUCACCAUUCACUGCCAUUAUAAAAAUCCUCAAGCACCAUAGAUUCAGCUCAAAGUCUUUGCUCACCCCAAAAUAAAAAAAUCCUGUUCAUUUAUUCACCCACAGGUCAUCCAAGAUGGUGAAUUUUUCUUCUUCAGUAGAACAUUAAAGGCGAUUUUGAGCUGAAUCUGUGGUCUUUGAUGAUUUGUAUAAUGGCAGUGGAUGGCGACAGGUUUAGUAGAUGAAAAAUAAACAAACAAACAAGUCCGAAUCAAUAGCCAUGGCUCCUGACAGGGGCAUAGCAACCGAGUGGGACGGAGGGGAUACGACCCCCUCGCUUUUAGAGACAGACCAUUUAGAAACAGGUAAUUAAUACUUAUAUGAGUGUAAACUUUUGGAUUUCAUACAGCCCACUUUAAAAUAGCCACCACACCCCUGGCUCCUGAUAUAUGAAAUAAUGUUCAAUUUCUUACUCACACCAAUAGCUUCUCUUCACCUUAAUGUAUGAUUAGGAUCCAUGAUUACUGAUCUGAACUCCUUUUUUAAUUCAUUCAUUUUCUUUUCGGCUCAGUCCCUUUAUUAAUCAGGGGUCGCCACAGCGAAAUGAACCGCCAACUUAUCCAGCACGUUUUACACAGCGGAUGCCCUUACAGCUGCAAUUCACACUACGGCCAAUUGAGUUCAUCAGUUCCCCAAUAGCGCAUGUGUUUGGACUGUGGGGGAAACCAACACUGGGAGAACAUGCAAACUCCACACAGAAACGCCUACUGAACCAGCCAGGACUCGAACCAGCGACCUUCAUGCUGUGAGGCAAACUCAUUUGUGUGUUUAUUUUAAUCUAAUCAUCCUGUCACCAUUGUUUAAUGUUCUAAUGAAGAUCAAACAUCAUCUACAUCUUAGAUGACCUGUGGGUGACUAAAUUAACAGGAAAUUAUAACUUUGUGUAAACUGCCCCUUUAAGAGAAGCACAUCUGCACAAAUACUAUUUCAAGAGUUCACACUUAGCUGAUGAUUAAUUAUAAGCUUGUUUGGCAUGCUGUCCCGGGGGAGAGCCCUGAGCUCAUAAGAUCCUCGAGCCUGGGGCUCCCUCCCGUUGCAAGGCGAGAGGGGAGUUUGAGCUCAGGUAGAUCUCGAGAACUCCCCCGCUGUAAUAACCAAUGAACAGCCAGUGAUUGCUCUUGAGAGAUAACCGUUUACUAGGAGCAUGUCUAUAGUGCCGGUUUGGAUUAGUCAAUUAACUUAUGUUGCAUGUUUUUUGGACGGUGGGAGGAAACCGGGGGACCCGGGGGAAACCCACGUGAGCACGGGGAGAAAAUGCAAACUCCGCACAGAAAUGUCUGCUGGUUUGGUAAAGCCUAGAACCAGAGACAUUCUUGCUGUGAGGCAACAGCGCUAAGCACUGGGCCACCGUGUCACCCAUCUAGGAAGAAGGAGGAGUAGGGGUGGAUGGGGGGAUUCUUCAAAACGAAGAUAGCGGUGGUACGUAACCCAGGGUAUUUGUAGUAGCUUAGGAGUCGUCUGAUUGGUGCAUUGAGAAUUGGAUAAUGCGGAUCCAGCCGCUAGCAAUCAUAAGCACGUGAUCCUCUCGAAACUUGUUUAUAACUAAACUUCACUUAAAGUCCUCAUCUUUAUUGUACAGCAGUUUGACAGUGUAGAUUAAAAAAGAGGAGUAAAAACAAGUAUGACUGAACACCGUUUGACUCCAUU